CUGGGCGGGGGCCGCCUCCUUUAUUUGUUGUUAGUGCCCCGAACAGUGGUGUCGUGCUUCCAGAGGAUAUAGUUCACACAAACACAUCAUGCGCAUACUACUGAUAUGUAUGCUGUGCGCAGUGACAGCGUACGCGCAGUACUUCGACGGCCCCGCGCCGCCGAGACUGCAGAUCCCGGGGGCCGUGCCGCUCGGGCAGGUGCGCGCCGGCGGGUUCCGGCAGGGGCGCCUCCAGCCCGGCCCCGUCCCGGGCGGCGCGCCCCGCCUCCGCCGCCCCGGCCAGGGCAGACCCUCCUUCAAGUCUGUGGACGCCGCGCCGCGCCCAAACCUCCAGUCGCUGGACGAACCCGCCAAACCAGUCACUGAGGAGCCGGAGGACGACAUCGAAAUAAACACUCCCACAGGUUUCUCCCCGAACCUGUUCUCGACCCCGGAGCCCCAGAACGACUUCUACGACAUCACGACCACUUCCCAGCCGAAGCCGCCGAUAGCUUACAACCCGCCGUCGUACCAGUCGCCUUCGUACCAGUCCACUCCGCCCGCUUACAAACCGGAGCCGAUCCGCCCCACGCAGUACCGGCCGCUGAUCCAGCCACAGUUCGCGCCGGUGCGCAACGAGCCCGCCAAGCCGCAGCGCCUGCAACCGCUGUCGUCGCGCCCGCAGCGGCCCUCGCUCCGCCCGGAGCCGCGCCCGCUGCUGGAGGACGAGGAGCCGGUGCGCCAGUACUCGCGCCCGCAGGAAGCCAAGCCGCCCAAGAACCUCGCGCCGCAGCGGUACAUCCCCACCAGCAACAAGGAGAAGAAGCCGGUCGCGCAGAUCCUGCGCAAGUACCGCGAGGAGAACGAAGACGGCAGCAUCACGUGGGGCUUCGAGAACGACGACGGAUCGUUCAAGGAGGAGACAAUCGGCAACAACUGCGUCACUCGGGGGAAGUACGGGUACGUCGACCCCGAUGGCUUGAAGCGGGAGUACAACUAUGAGACUGGUAUUCCUUGUGACAAGACCAAGCAAGACCAGGAGGAGAAAGGUUACGUCGACUACCAGGAGAACAAGGCUGUCCUUCCCAACGGAAUCAAAAUUGAUCUAGCUAACAUGGGUAAAAAAUCUAAGCGGCCCUUCAGAUCGGCCAUUAGUAACUAGGUAUUGAAGGACUAAGUAUUUAUUUUAGGAAACUAAUGAUAAGGACGUUAUUGUUACUGUGUGUUUGUGUAAACCAUAAAUGCAUGAUGUGUGGGUGAAAGAUACAUGAUGGAUGAUGAUGUAAUGUUCAUAGUGGUAGUAGCUGUGUUAUAAAACAAAUAUAACAUAUGCCUACCAACAUAAAUGUAUGAACUAUAAGAAUCCUGUACGGGCGUAGUAAAACACAUGCUAGUGUGCCUAUUAUUUACAUGCUGUGUAAAAAUUAAUGUGAGAUUUUACUGCCUUGAAUCAUCACCAAAUAAAAAAACAAAAAAUACUGAUCUCUUUAUCCUUAUCCAACCUCCAUACGCCACCGGUACUUAUUAAUCAAAUAAAAUAGUACCUACAU